GCGCAGUACAAUAAUUCUGCCAUUCAAUUUUGGCAACGAAAAGAACAACACAAAGCGGAAGUGAAUGCCUUUCAUUUCCUGGACGAAGAUGCCGGCAUGUAAAUAAACAUGUGUGGAUGACUUUGAAAGCCUUUACUCCUCAAGACGGCUCAUACUUCGUAACAAAGGAUGGCUCUUCCACAUGUGCGACUGUGCAUUAGACGCAGCAUCGUCUCAGGAUUUGAUGCCCGCGGCUAUGCGACGCUCAGCGCGGCCUCAAACAGGCAGGAGAAAGGCAGCAGCAGCGUUCCAGUCUUUCAGUACGUGGGUCAGCACAAGAAGCCCAGCCACAAAGUGUUUGUGUGGGGCUUCAGCUUCACCGGAGCGCUCGGCAUUCCCAGCUUCGUCGUGCCGGACAGCGGCCGGAAGAAGCCUCGCAAAUACCAGCUCACGCCUUACAGAUUGGAAACGGCAGAGCAGAUCUCCUCAGCGGCUUGUGGUUACGGCUUCACACUCAUCGCCUCCUCCACCAAAGAUGUCACCAAGCUAUGGGGCAUGGGCUUGAACAAGGACUCCCAGCUGGGAUUUCAACGCACGCAGCACAGUCGACACGUGAGCUACGACUACGUGUUGGAACCGUCACCGGUGGCGCUCCCCCUCGUCGAGCCCCAGCGGACCCGAGUGGCUCAAGUGUCAUGUGGCCGAGCUCACUCUCUGGUCCUCACUGAUCAGGAGGGAGUGUUCAGCAUGGGAAACAAUUCCUAUGGGCAAUGUGGACGGCGCAUAGUGGAGGACGAAGCCUACAGUGGCAGUCACGUGCUUCACAAGAUAGAGGGCAUUGGCAGCAAGGUGGUACAGGUGGCGUGUGGACAGGACCACAGCCUCUUCCUGACGGAGGCGGGACAAGUGUACGCUUGUGGGUGGGGGGCGGAUGGACAGACAGGUGUGGGACACCACAAGGUGUGCUCCACACCCACCCAGGUGGCGGGGGACCUGGCGGGGGUGGCGGUGCAGCAGAUCAGCACCUAUGGAGACUGCAGCCUGGCCGUGUCGGAGGAUGGACAGCUGUACGGGUGGGGCAACUCGGAGUACCGUCAGCUGGCCUCCAUCACCGAAGCAACACAGAUCAACGUUCCUCGUCACGUCCCCCUGAGAGGCUGUGGGAAGGUGGUGCAGGCGGCAUGCGGCGGCACGCAGGUGGCCGUCCUCAAUGAGAGAGGCGAGGUGUUCGUUUGGGGCUACGGCAUUCUGGGAAAAGGCCCCAAGCUUUCAGAGUCGUCCGUUCCCGAGAUGAUUCCGCCCACGCUGUUCGGGCUCUCCGACUUCAACCCCUCGGUCGUCGUCACCAAGAUCCGAUGUGGCCUGACUCACUUUGCGGCCGUGACGGAUCGCGGCGAGCUCUUCGUCUGGGGGAAAAACAUCCGAGGUUGUUUGGGAAUCGGCAGAAGAGACGACCAGUUCUUUCCCUGGCGGGUGACUGUCCCAGGUCGUGUGGUGGACGUGGCGUGCGGCGUCGACCACAUGGUGGCGCUGGUCAAGUCCCUCCUGUGACGUCUGGGCAGAAAGGUUUGUGACUAUAAGUGUCCCGCUUCAGGAAGACGCUGAGACGUCUCCCAGCCGGCCAGCUGCUCUCUGCGGGGCGUCACCCACCACUUUAUUUGUGGAUUAUGUAAGCGAGGGGAAGAUGAUCCCAGAUGAGGGGAAAACACGAGCGCCCUGCAGAGACGUUUUGAGAGCAGAAACGGGCGCUCGGCGGGGGGAGAGGGUAUUCACCAAGAGCCUCUGAAAGUGUUUACUCAGCUCUAAUCCAAAUGACAGGUGAUACACCUGCACUUACUCCCUGCUGAUGUGCAGACAGCUCCGAUAUCAACACACACAUCAGCCAAAUCAUGCAUUGUCAGCACAAUGACUCAGCGUACUGUACUGUGCUGUACUGUUAAGACACAUUACAGUACAGUAGAAAGUAGAACAUCCAUUGUACAGUCAUGAAUAUGAACACCAUUAAAGUCAUACAGCGUUUUCACCACAUUCAUGUGAGACAUCAGGAUUGUUGCGCGUUUGAUGGGGGGAAAUGUAUAUUUGGUUUUGAAAAAGAUUUAUAUGCAGAUAUAUAAUAUUUAUAUACCUGUAUAAUAUACAUAUAUAUAUAUAGUGUAUAUAUAAAUAUAUAUAUUAUAUAAUAUAUAUUACAGUCAUGGCCAAAAAAUUCCACUUCUCCUAGCAAAUUGUUGAAAUUACAAUUACUGUGGUAUUCACAUGUUUAUUUAUUUUGUUUGCAUUGGAACAACACACAAACCCCUCCCCCCCCGCCGCUCAAAAAAAGCCAAAUCUGAUAUUAUUUUCCACAGAACUCCAAAAAUGGACUGGAAAAAAUGAUUGGCAUCUAUUCAAAAUUGUAAGAAACAGUUGUAUUCUAAGCAUGUGAUACUCCUUUAAUUUGUAAUUACACUCACCUGUAGCAAGUAAGAGGUGCUGGCAAUAUAGAAGUCCCACUUGCAGCAGCCAGUUAAAAUGGAGAAAAGUUUACUUAACCUUUGUGUUGCGUGUACCACACUGAGCGUGGAGAAAAGAAAGAAGAGCAAAGAACUCGAAGAAGAUUUGAGAACCAAGAUUUU